AUGCGAUUCAAGACGGAGCUCAAAAAUAUUCGCACCUUUUCGAAACUGACUGCCGCCCUCAACUCUCUCGAGAAGAUCGCAUGGGUGCGCCUCGACGAUGACACGGCACGCUUCACCGUCAUCCCGGAUACGGGGUCUCAAGUCUGGGCCUCCCUCUCCAUGGACUUCAUGUUUGAGAACUACCACAUCCAGUCUGCCGAAGCCAACAACACGAUCAACCUAGAGCUGCCCCUGCAGCCCCUCCAACGGGCCCUCAAGUCCGCCCUGAACAGCACAUCCGCCUCUCUCCGCCUCACCAAGAAAGAAGGUGUCCCCGUUCUUUCCAUGACCAUCACGACGACGACGGACGCCUCAGCCCCCUCAGCGGCCGCCGCCCACCGCGCCGCCUCUCUCGACGAUGACCCCUUUGAUGACGACCUGCCGCAAGAGCACCUCGAGACGUCGCUGCGCCGUGAACGCGAGAAAAUCAUCACGCAGGACAUACCCGUCCGCGUGCUCCAUCCGGAGACCGUCGAGACGAUCAUGCAGCCCAAGGUCCGCGAGCCAGACGUCCACAUCCAGCUGCCGCCGCUGCUCCAGCUCAAGGCCAUCUCCGACCGCUUCACCAAGCUCGCCCUCGCGUCGGGCCCCGCCGCGUCGCGCGCCGGCGGGCCUAAGCUCGAGCUCAGCGCCAACAUGCACGGCGCCCUGCGCCUGCGCAUCGCCUCCGAGGCCGUCGACAUUUCGAGCACCUGGACCGGGCUCGAGAACCCGCAGCUCGACCCGGCCCAGAUCCAGGGCCCCAUCGAGGAGCACCCGAGCGCGCGGUUCCGGGAGGCGGGGCCCGACAAAUGGGCGACGGUGCGCGUCGACGGUAAAGACUGGAGUAGGGUGCUCAGUGUUGGGCGGCUCGAGGGGCGCGUCAUUGCGUGUUUUGCCGAUGAUCACGCGCUCAUUCUCUAUGUGUACGUGCCGCAGUAUGACGACUCGGGGGCGGAUGAUUCUGUUGUCACGUAUUAUGUCACUUCCUACAGUUUGUAG